GGGGGCGGCUGCGGGAGGUUCUCGCCCAGGUGCAGCAAACCCCACUGAACUUUGGACUUUGGAGUCGGCUGUCUGUGGUCUAGGCAGCAGGACACCAUGAAGCAGCUGCCAGUCUUGGAGCCUGGAGACAAACCCAGGAAAGCAACAUGGUACACCUUGACUCUCCCUGGAGACAGACCCUGUGCUCGAGUUGGUCACAGCUGCGCAUAUUUACCCCCAGUUGGUGAUGCCAAGAGAGGGAAGGUCUUCAUUGCUGGGGGAGCAAAUCCAAACAGAAGCUUCUCAGAUGUGCACACCAUGGAUCUGGGAAAACACCAGUGGGAUUUAGCCACCUGUGAGGGCCUCUUGCCCCGGUAUGAGCAUGCCAGCUUCAUUCCUUCCUGCACACCUGACAGUAUCUGGGUAUUUGGAGGUGCCAACCAAUCAGGAAAUCGAAAUUGUCUACAAGUCCUGAAUCCUGAAACCAGGACUUGGACCACACCAGAAGUGAUCAACCCCCCACCAUCCCCAAGGACAUUCCACACAUCAUCGGCAGCCAUUGGAAACCAACUAUAUGUCUUCGGGGGUGGAGAGAAAGGCGCCCAGCCUGUGCAGGAUGUGAAGCUCCAUGUGUUUGACGCAAACACUCUGACCUGGUCACAGCCAGAGACACUUGGAAAUCCUCCAUCUCCCCGGCAUGGUCAUGUGAUGGUGGCAGCAGGGACAAAGCUCUUCAUCCAUGGAGGCUUGGCAGGGGACAAAUUCUAUGAUGAUCUCCACUGCAUUGAUAUAAGUGACAUGAAAUGGCAGAAUCUAAGUCCCACUGGGGCUGCUCCAGCAGGCUGUGCUGCCCACUCGGCUGUGGCUGUAGAGAAACACCUGUACAUUUUUGGUGGAAUGACUCCCUCUGGGGCACUGGACACGAUGUACCAAUAUCACACAGAAAAGCAGCAUUGGACCUUGCUUAAAUUUGAUACUCCUCUGCCCCCUGGACGAUUGGACCAUUCCAUGUGUAUCAUUCCAUGGCCAGUGAGGUGUACUUCUGAGAAAGAAGAUUCAAAUUCUGCUACUGGAAACUGUAAAGCUGGCAAAGGGGAUUCAACUGACAACGGAGCGACUGAAGGUGGUGACUCAUGUGAGGAAAGCCAAAGUGAGACAUUGCUGUGUUUUGUGUUUGGUGGGAUGAAUACAGAAGGGGAAAUCUAUGACGAUUGUAUUGUAACUGUAGUCGACUAAUAAAACCCACAUUUUUAUGGCUUGUUA